AUGGUUGAUGCUCCUCCUUGGUGUCACAUCCUGCUGCUGCUGCUUGCCUCGACUGUGGGUUUCCUCCGCGGAACAGUCGCGGCGAGGGACAGAGAGAAUAGAACAUCCUGGGGGGAAAUCUUCUGGGCCACGGCCGAUGGCAAAACCGACGUCCUCUGGUCUGCGCCCGAGGCAUCGACAGAGGUCGUCGGUGACGACAGCAACCCGGAUUCCAACGCGAUCGGCGAUGAUGACGUCGAUGGCGGCUUCUCAUCCCUGGACGGAAUGCUGCAAUGGGCAAUCGGUAGGUUCAAUGACGAUGUUUCACUUCGCCGCCUGGUUUCAAUCAGACUCCGGAUUUACUUGGUGUUCAUGUGCAACGCUUAGCAGCCAUACUUCUUAAGGUUUUAAACUUUUUACUUGAAUGGAAAGCUUGAAACGACGAUCUUAACAACAUGUUCGAGCUUAAGGCCAACCUAUGAGUUGAAAAAUAACAUUUAAAUUCUCUAUGAAUCACAUUUUGUGUCGAAGUUUUCCAUCCAUGUCUCUGUAAAGUCAGUUCAAGUGGAUCAUCCCAGUUCUAUUUGAAACCAAAUGCCCUCGUGGGUUGAAUUAUUGCGUCUUCACAACAUUUUCAACCCCCUGAAAACUGCUCCGCAUAUUAGGGAUUACACACGGCCCCUUGUAGGUGAAUGUAAAUGCGUAUAUGUGCGAUUUCAAAAACCCAUUCAUAUUUCCCGUGCUUCCUUUCUAUUUUCGGAAAGAAAGAACAUGUUGAUUCUUCUAAAAUAUUUUCUAUUUUUUUGUGUCCUUAACUUUUGGGUUAUGGAAGCACUUAACUAUCUUGAGGAUAUGAACACAAAACUGCCAUAUUAUUUUAUUUUUUUUAGUAUUAGUCUCAUAGUGGUGUUUAUGAAGUAAACUCAUUUUUGUAAAAUUGGGUCCCAAUCAUCGUUCAUUUAUUUUAAGUUGGAUUGUCCAAUACUUAUAACUUAAAUAAUUCAAGUGUACAUCCUACAUCCUUUUCCAUAUAGUUUUGUAGUUAUUUUUCAACCAGUGCUUGUUUUGUUGAAUGCAAUCGAGAAUUUCCUAUCUUGAAAAUCAAGCAGAUUAAAUGCUUUUCUGAAAUACUUGGGCGAUUCACUCCUAUCAUUGUCGUGAAGCAAAAUAUGUAGUGUAUUUGAAUUGGAAUAAAUUGAUGAUGCUUACUGAGUAGGAGCUGGUAGAUCCAUAACUUGGACUCGUUUUCCGAUAUAUAAAUUCAUAGUUGCCUAGGGCCCUCUAACGUACAUGUAAGAUUUUAUCUCUUACUGUUAUCAUGUAUCUUGUAAUUUCAAGUGGAGUGAAGAAAUCCAAUCAGAAAGUGAUGCAUUUUGAUUUGCGCCCAUCACGUUAUUUUUUUGUGAAUCAGGUAACUCAGACCCCAUAAGGUUAAAGGAGAAAGCCAAUGAUGUUCAGCGUAUGUCUGCAGAUGAGUUAGAGGCGAGACGGUUACAAAUUAAGGUAGAUAAGAUAAUCAUUUAUUUUUUCAUCAUUUCUGAGCUAGCUGAGACAAAUUAUUUCACUGGUUUUGCACCCCGUGGAAAUGGGUAUUCGUAUUGAUUGGUAAAACUAGAUGUUGUUGGCCUAUUAACAUACAGUUUAUGUAUGAGGCUUUUUUAUGCUAGACAUCUGGCUGCGAGUCCUGUCACUAUGCUCUCAGAAAGUUUUCCUCAAAUGUGCUGUCGAAAAUGGGGUUCUUAAUUGUUGGCAAGAAGCAAUAUCAGACGUGUAACGCUCUGAUUUAUUUUUAAUUCCAAGAAUCCUCAAAGGUGGUUUGAAUUUAUUUAAAAAUUUGGAAGUUAUUGGUGCCCACUUGAUUCUGUGAACAAGCUUAAUGAUUCAGAGUUUUUUUUUUUCCAUCUGAAGUGCUAAGCUGCAUAAAAUUUAUUGAUAUGGGAAAUUUUCAGAUAUCACUGUAAGUUAACAUUUAUGAUCCUCAAGACACAUGCUGUUUCGAAGUUAUAGAAUGGAUAAGUGCUGAUGAAUAUCAUAUUCCAUUUUUCGGAGUUCUAAGUGCGACCGAAGGUUAACUCAGUUAAGGACUUUCGUCAAUAUGGCAUUACUUUUUAUAAUUAUGUUCCAAUUUUCUAGGGUUAUAUAUUUAAAAAUUUUCAUAAAAUUAAAAAAUGUAUUACGGGAAGUAUCUGUUAAACCAGAUGCUCGUAACUGAGAUAGCCCAUUUCAUUCCAAAACAUCUUGGUUCUUUUGCAAAACUUGAUCUGGGAUAAGAUUGGCCAGAUGCAAUAGUUUCUGUUGGUGAUUCAUUUUUUUUGUGAGUUAGCUACUUUUCUCAUGUAGAAGUUUGAACAAAAUGUUGGUCCUUCCAAAAUAAAAAAUGUUUUUGCUGAAUUCAAUUCUAUAUCCUUCGAACAGUUUAUAUAGCUCAUUUUUCUCCUAUGUUCUUUUCCUCUGUAUUAGGCGUGAACUGCAAUUACUUUAAAGGUUUGAUCUUCAUUUGCGUGCACUACUCUCCAUGGCUUCACGAUGACACCCUUCUUUUCCCGGAAAAUUUCUAGUUAGACUUCAUUUUUAAAAUUGCAUCAACAUAUCUUUAAGUAAAUCUAAAGAAAUGACUCUGCUUCAGGAAAUACGGAACCUUGUCUGCUCCCCGGCCUUCUGUUUCGAUCUAUCUUCUGAGGAAUCAACUUGGGGAGAAGUGCUUAAGAAAUGAGGAUUUUUUAUAAAUUAAUGUUCUCACUACUGAUGUCUGUUUUCAAGAAAUGAAUUGAAUGAAGAACGUGGUGAUUUUUUUUCUUAUUCCAGGGUAUUCGUCAGUGUUUGUUUCUUUGGGUUCAGAACAGAGGCCAUCAUUGGCUGUAGCUCCUUGGGGCCCGUUGCUCCCAGAAGAAGUAUUAAUCGUGAUUCUAGAUUGACAGUUUUUGUUUAUGAACCGUGGCUGAUGUGAAUGAUGGCAGAAUAAUUUUUUAACUCCCUUCCUGUGUGACUAUGCAGGAAGUGAUUGAAAAGUUGAAGAUGCCGUCAGACGCAGACCUGAUGAGAAUAGCUAUUAACGACUUGAAUAAGUCUACUACUUCUUUGGAGGAUCGCCAACGUGCAUUGAAUGAACUUUUGAUACUUGUUGAGCCAAUUGAUAAUGCAAAUGGUUUGUCCCGUAAUAACUGUUGUAUGUGUCCGCACUUCUCUUCUUCCUCCCUUCUCGUCUUUUCGCCCUCCCCCAUUCCUGCUCUUGACUGGUUUUUAGGAAAAGGCUGUGCAAUGGUAGCUGACAUAGGCUCAUAUUGGUUGGCCAAUUAGAAUCUAGCCCUUGAUCAAUUGACUUUCAAUCGCGAGUAUCACAAUUGAGCCGUAAGUAUUGUAGCUAUUUUGAUAAAGCUAUAAUUUUUUCUAUUUUGUCCAUUUUUUCAUAUGUCAUGGCUUAUCCUCAAUAGGAAGAAAAUAGGGAAGAGGGGAGGUAACUUUAUGGUAAAUUGUGAACUUUCUAACCUUUUCUGUGUGACAUGGGAGGAGCCUAAAGUAGUGUUAUGGGGGUAUGUGACUAAGAGAUUCAAAUUCAUUCAGAUUUGAAAAAUGCAUUCGGAUGUUAACACGGACUAUCAAAUUAUGACCGGUUGAAUCAGAGCUGGGAUUGCUAGGAUGAUAUUCAUUAGAUCACAUAACAUUUUUGGCUACCAGUAACCCUGGGCUUUUAGUCACCAUACUGCAGUGUUCUUUCCUGCACUAUUUAAUAGGCCAGACCAUCUGGAAGAACACCAUUUUAUCCUUUAUUGAGAUUUCCAAGUGUCUUAUGAAUGUCACUGUAUGUUUGCUGUGGUUUAUUGGCUUGCCAUUUCAUGCCAUCGAACACUUGAGUGCAAUGAACUAAAAGCGUGGAAUUUUUGGGAGGAAAUGUAUCAGAUCUAAACAAACUUGGUGGCCUUGUUGCGGUCAUCCGAGAACUCGAAAAUUCUGUGCCUGAGAUACGGACAACCUCUGCAUGGGUUAUUGGAAAAGCUAGUCAGAACAAUCCACUUGUUCAGGACCAGGUAUAUUUUCGAAGAACAUGCCGCAUCUGUGAUUUUGAUUAUUCUGUAAUUUUAAAUUUCACCUGAUUAUCUCUUACUUUGGAUGAGUCUAUAAUUGUACAUCUGAUUUUCUCCUGCUGAAUAAUUUCUGAGCACAAAAUGAUUACUAAAGCAUACCCGGAGUAUUAGAUCUGCUUAUAACUUGUUAUUUAUCUUGUUUGAACCCAUCUUGAAAACUCAAACCCAAGUAGCUAUAAAAGAGGUUACAGUGGUAGGUGCAUUUUUGGAGCAGAGAUCGUGGCACAUCGCCAUUGAAUCAAAGUAUCAGCUUGAUGCGGAAUACUCGCCAAGAUUAUGAUUAUAUAAACUUCUCUGUGUAGGACUAUAGCCGAUUAUAACGAUUUUUGAAUGGGUCCGUGGUUGUUCAGCCUGGCUGGUACGCUUUCUAACGACUGUUCAAUUGAAAACUACUCAUGGUUGGUUGAGGAAACCCUCUCUUAAUCGAAAUAUCAAGUUUUUUGUCCCAUUUGUUGUGUAUGCGCAUUCUUUUUUAUUGUGUUAUUUCUUAAUAUCAGAUAAUUUAAAAGCUGAUAUUUGAUUCAUUACAGGUUUCGAUUGAAAGUUUCUUCCUUUGCUAUGGCAACCUUAUGCCUUGCAUGGAGUUUUAUUGAACUUUGAAUCAACUUCUGCAGGUUCUUUCACUUGGAGCACUGAACGUGCUAAUGAAAAUGGUGCAGUCGAGCUACGUUGAAGAAUCAUUGAAGGCAUUAUAUGCGAUUUCAGCUCUGAUUAGGAACAACAAUAAUGGCCAGGCAUUAUUCUAUGCAGAGGAUGGAUGUGUCACGCUUCAGGUGAAUCAACCUGAAUGUUGAAUGAGGAAUUUCAAUUGUUGGGAUAAAAAAAAGAGUUCCGAAAAAGGUUUUAAAACAAUGCUUUAGCAAUAUAACAACUCAUAAUGCUCUGUUUUGCAGGAUAUAAUGAGAAAUUCUAUGGUUGAUAUCAGGCUUCAGAAGAAAGCUGUUCAGAUGGUCGCCGACUUGGCAGACAGCCAACUAGAAAAUGCAGUCCCUUCGGAAAUCCCAUUAUUCCGAAGCCACAUUUUUUUGAAAUCAGUGAUCAACCUUCUGUCUUCAUCCGAUUCCGAUCUUCAGGAGAAGGUGAGUCCUACUUUUUCAGAUUUCUCUCCAUCCUGCAAUGGCUGAAACCUCUUGAUCCUUUGGCAACCCGUCUCCCCUCAGGCAUUGAUAGCGGUUGGGAGUCUUCUGCGUCUUCCCUACACUGAAGCUCUGGUUUUCAAGGACCCCUGUUGGCUCGAUGAGGCCCUGGAGAGCAUGAGGGAGCGACUCACGGGUCUGAUGGCGUCAGAUGAGGAGAGAGAGUUCGCUGUGGACUUGGAAGCCCUACGGAGAGAAGUCCAUGCCAUGUUCAGAGAGAAGCUGGAGAUGGUAAGCUCGGCACCCGUUUGCAGAUUUUUUGGAAACGUCGUCGGUGGUGGUCCCUGA